AUGGUACCUAAGUUAAAGCAGGGCUCGAAAAUUGAUUAUUUGAAUUUUGUUCCAACAAUCAGUGAUUCAGAAGAAGAUAUUCCUGAAUUAGACGUAUCUGACGACGAAACCGUGGAAAAGAUACCUGUGAAGUCCAAGAAGAAGAAGUCUAAAGCUAAGCAAAUUGAAGAGAAAGCACAUGAAGACUUGAAUGAAAACUUCAACUUCAAUUUAGAUGGAGAUGACCUCGGUACCAGUUCCAAUUUCCAAGGUUGGGAUUUCCUUGGUGAUGAGAAGAAAGAUGAAAAUGCUGAAGACAUCAGAAAAGACGUUGAUUUAGAUAAGAUCAUCAGACGUAAAGGUGGCCUUAUCCAAAUGGCACAUGUUGAAUCCUCUGAAUCUGAAGAAGAAGAAGAAGAAGAAGAAGAGGACGAUGAUGAUGAAUUAGCCAUGGAUGGUUUCGGAAUGGGUGCUACAGAACAAAAUGAUGCAAACAAAAAUGAAUCUUCAGAUGAAGAAGAGAAGGAAGAAGUUGUAGAGGAAGAAUCAGAAGAAGAAGAACUUUCUGGAGACGAAGAAAAAGAAACUGAUUCUGCAGAAGCUGUUGCAGAAUAUUUUGCUCCAGAAGAAGAAGCAGAAGAUGCUAAGAAACAAACUCAUACAACUUUCAACACUCUAAACUUAUCACGUCCAGUCUUGAAAGGUUUGAGUAGUCUCGGUUUCACAAAACCAUCUCCAAUUCAAAGUGCAACUAUCCCAAUUGCUCUUUUAGGUAAAGAUAUCGUGGCAGGUGCCGUCACUGGUUCUGGUAAGACUGCAGCCUUUAUGAUUCCAAUUAUUGAACGUUUACUUUACAAGCCUGCCAAAGUGGCCUCGACAAGAGUUGUUAUCUUAACGCCUACUCGUGAAUUAGCUAUCCAAAUUUCCGAUGUUGCAAAGAAAAUUGGUCAUUUCGUAAAUGGGCUAACAUUUGGUUUGGCUGUUGGUGGUUUGAACUUAAGACAGCAGGAACAAAUUUUGAAAUCUAGACCUGAUAUCGUCAUUGCUACUCCAGGUAGAUUCAUUGAUCAUGUUCGUAAUUCCGCAAGUUUCAGCGUUGAUAGAGUAGAAAUUUUAGUUCUUGAUGAAGCCGAUAGAAUGUUAGAAGAAGGUUUCCAAGAUGAAUUAAGUGAAAUUAUGACAUUAUUACCUACCAGAAGACAAAACUUAUUAUUUUCUGCUACAAUGAAUUCCAAAAUUAAACAACUUGUCUCACUUUCAUUGAAAAAACCAGUCAGAAUCAUGAUUGACCCUCCAAAACAAGCUGCAGAUAGAUUGGUCCAAGAAUUCGUUCGUAUUCGUAAAAGAGAUCAUUUGAAGCCUGCCCUACUAUACAAUUUAAUCAGAAAGUUGGAUAGUACGGGUCAAAAGAGAAUUGUUGUUUUUGUUUCAAGAAAAGAAGUCGCACAUAGAUUAAGAAUUAUACUAGGUUUGCUAGGUAUGGGAGUUGCUGAACUUCAUGGUUCCUUGUCGCAAGAACAACGUCUGGAUUCUGUCAAUAAAUUCAAAAGCUUAGAUGUUCCAGUUUUAAUCUGUACAGAUUUAGCUUCAAGAGGUUUAGAUAUUCCAAAAAUUGAAAUUGUCAUAAAUUAUGAUAUGCCAAAAUCCUAUGAAAUUUAUUUACAUAGAGUUGGUCGUACCGCAAGAGCCGGAAGAGAAGGUCGUUCAGUCACAUUUGUGGGAGAAUCAUCUCAAGAGAGAGCUAUUGUGAGAGAUGCUAUCAAAAGUGUUGAAGACACGAAUAAAGUACCAAAGAAUGGUCAUACAGGUAGAGCUCUUGGUAGAAAUGUUGAUUGGAAUCAAGUUGAAGAGACAAAUAAGGUUGUCGAAAAAAAUAUAGACACCGUUGAUGACAUUCUAGUGGAAGAAAAGCAAGAAAAAGAAAUUAUAAGAGCAGAGAUGCAAUUGAAGAAAGGUCAAAAUAUGUUGAAAUACAAAGAUGAGAUUCAAUCUAGACCAAGAAGAACAUGGUUCCAAACUGAAUCUGAAAAGAAGAAUUCUAAAGUUAUUGGUGCUUUAGCAAAGACUAAGAAAACCGCAAAUAGUAAAAAAAGAAAGAGAGAAGAGGAGUUAGAAAGCAUGCCAAGAUCAUAUAAAAAGACACAGAGUGAUCGUAAGACUGACCAAGAAAGAACGAUGAAAAAAAUGAAGUCUUCUAUGGGAAAAGGAAAAGGAAAAGGAAAAAAGGGUGGUAGAAGAUGA